AUGGUGAAGAAUAAAGAACUAGUAUCAACAUUUGACAAAAAAGUUGUGUUUGUCGGUGAGAAAGGCACGGGUGUGACUUCUUUGAUUGCAUGUUAUGUUCAAAAAACCAUGCCAUGUUAUCACUCCGAUCCAAUCUGCAAGAAAUCACAAGAAAUUACUAUAGACCUUGGUAAAUCAAAAGUAAACUUAGAAAUUUGUGAUCUGGGGCAAAAGACGUGGCACGAGCGCGUUAUUGACUACACAGAAACAAACGUCUUUGUUAUUUGCUGUUCUGUGGAGUAUCCUGCCAGUUUGUUGCGAGCGUAUCAACAUUGGAUAUGUGAGAUUAGAAGCUAUUGCCCAUAUACACCGGUCUUUUUAGUGUGCAAUAAAAUUGAUUUGCGAGAUGAUAAAGGCGUUACAGAAAAACUGCAACAGUAUGGACUUAAACUUAUAUCAAAGUUUGCUGGUGAAGUAAUGUCGGAAACUAUUAAAGCCGCAGGGUAUUUCGAAACAUCAACUUUGCACAACUUUAACAUAGACGAGUUAUUUAAGCGUAUAGCAAUUGCUUCUCUAAAGGAAAAAGAUAAAUCUGAGAGACGAUGUUGCUGCAAUGUACUGUGA